AAAUUUCGUUGCGUCUGAUGUACCUCGUUAUCGCGUAUUUGUCGGCAACUUGCCGAAGAACUCACUUCAAUCUUACAUUGAGAGGAUAUUUGAGGGCUGCAAGGUUCGACUUGGCACACAUUACCGCUACCAUCCUUCAGAUAUCCGAAAUCCAAAUGAUCAGGAACCCAGAGACUGACGAGUUCAGAGGUUUCGCGUAUGUUGAACUGAAGGACGAGGAGUCCUAUGAACGCGCACUGUCAUUUGACGGAACGCUUGUGAACGGUAAAGAAAUCCGAGUGAACAAUGCCGAAAGGCGAGGGAACCAAGGCCGAGGCGGUCGCGGUCGGGGUGGAGGCGGCGGCGGCGGCGGCGGUGGUCCUCGUGACUUUAACGGUCGUAACAGCAACGUGCGUGGUGGUGGUCGGCCAGGCGGCUUUGGUGGUGGUGGCCACGGUGGUGGUGGCGGUGGUGGCUUCGAAAAUCGCCCGCGCCCUGGUGGUUAUCGUCCGCGAGUGCAGCCUGGCGCGGGCGGUUUCCAAGACAUCCGUCGUCCCACCCCACCACCGAGUAACCGAUCAGCCGGUUUCGUAAUACCCCCACCAAAUUUGGAUGCAGCUGACCGCCCCCGCAUCUCCAUCAAGCCCCUACUGAAUCCAUUAGAUGUAAAGAAUGAGGACCGCGAACUUUCAGAACGCUCCAAAGCCAUCUUUGGAGUUGGUAAACCUCGACAGGCCAGUCCGCCGCGGUAA